ACAUACGUCUAGUAGUCUAGACAGAAAGUCAUUUGUUACAGUCGAGGUGACAUGUAAACACGAGAAAAAUCUGGGAAAAAUACGGAAGUCGCAUGUUUUAGUAAUUACUCGCGUUUAUUUUCUCUCGUUUUUUAUUUUGCCGAAUACCCGGACGGAGUUCCACGCGGUAAAUUGAAAAAGUGGUUGUUUUUGUUUGGUUUCAUUGAAUUAACCUUGCGACUUGUCGAUUAAAUUCGGCCCGGUUUUUUCAAAUGUUUUGGACUGACAGAAAACAUGAGUGGAGCAUACUAGAUGGAUUUUAAAAUUCAACUGAAAUAAUGUAAUUUCUACUAUCUGUGGCGUUCAGCGAGUAGCGCCGGAACGAUGCUUAGCGUACCGGCGCCCUCAGCCCCUGUACCGCCAUUGGCUGAUCCAGUGCUUCCUCCGCCUGCAGCGCAGGCUGCUUUCGCCCCACCGGAUACUGAUCAAGCACAAUUUGAGGCGGAUAAAAGAUCUGUUUAUAAGCACCCGCUGUUUCCUCUCUUAGCGCUUCUUUUUGAGCGGUGCGAGCUAGCAACACAAUCUUCUGAACCUCAAUCUAGCGACGCGUUUAAUUUAGAUAUACAGGCAUUUGUUCAGCACCAGGAACGGGAUAGAAAGCCUUUUUUAGCCAACGAACCUGAAAUAGAUGGACUGAUGAUAAAAGCCAUACAAGUUUUAAGGAUACACUUAUUAGAAUUAGAAAAAGUGCAGGAAUUGUGCAAGGAUUUCUGCAAUAGAUAUAUAUCGUGCUUGAAGGGCAAAAUGCAAUCUGAAAAUUUACUUAGAUCUGAUUAUCCACAAGAUAUGUUGGGAAAUAGUAUAAUAAAUAAUAUUGAAUCCAAUAAUAAUAGCAUGAUGUCGCACGGUAAUUCGGAAAGCGGAUCUGCCUCAAAUAGUCCUCCUCAGUAUCCGAUUAGUCCGCAUCCAGUAAUGCUGCCCCAACAACCCACUCUAUUAGAUAGGCCAUCGGCAGCACCCAUAGAAACGCCCCCUUACUCGUUGCCGCAUUAUGGGGGGCCCACGCCUCCGUUGCAGCAGACGGGACUGCCCGCUCAACCUUCACCAGUGCCACAAGUUGCUGAAAGCCUAGUUGUACAUGGAUCAACGCCUUUAUCGCAAAUAGGGGCUCAUCUUUGCCAGCCGGUCAAUGCCCCUCCUUCAGAUAGUUCGGGUCCUUUGUCUCCAGCUCCAACUACCCCGGGAGGCAGUAACGAUGACUGCGAUAGCGACUUCUCGCGAGGCGGAAAAAAGCAAAAACGAGGGGUCCUACCAAAACAUGCGACUAGCGUAAUGCGCUCGUGGCUGUUUCAGCACUUAGUGCAUCCGUAUCCUACUGAGGAUGAGAAGCGUCAUAUCGCGGCCCAAACGAACCUAACACUACUACAAGUGAACAAUUGGUUCAUCAAUGCAAGAAGACGAAUUUUACAGCCAAUGUUGGACGCCAGUACUCCUACAGGACAAGAGGGAAGUCAAACCAACUCUUCCGGUAAUGGUGGCAAAAAGAAAAAGAGUCAAAAUAACAAUCGGAGAUUCUGGCCACAAGAGUUCGGGAAUAUGCAACCUAAUCUAGAAAGUGGGAUGCUUUCAAGUUCAGAUGAUGAAGGUGAUUCGUAUAGUAGUGACGAAGAAGGCGGCGGCCUUAUAAUAGAUGCUCCUCAGCCUGCAGAGGUAAAUCAAAACGGCCACCAAGCAGAUACCAAUUUGGCGGUGUUCGGUAAUGGAGACGCCGAAGUCAGCAGGCAAUAAAACUCCAAGCCGUAGGGAAACAAUAUGCGAAAGCCAAAAAAUAUAAUGUUCCUUAGUGGUAAGUAGUUUUACUAGGUUAUUGAUUUCAGUUGAAAUACUACCAAAGUUUUACAAUAUUUUUUGUUAUUUUUGCAGGUAAGAAGAAGCUUUCUAGUGAAAUAUAAACGAGUUUGAAUGUAUUUGGKGUUCAAAUAUGUUACUGGCGAUAAUACAGUUUGUUUUAUUCAACUCACUCUAAAAUKUAUUCAAAUMAACAAACUCAAAGCUUCUUUUUCUUCAUCGAUAGUACUUUACUCCAUUAAUUAAUUAAUGUUUGAAAUAUUAAGUUCAAUACGGCAUUGGUAAUUYACGCGGAUUAGCAAAAACGUCGAAACGAACACAUGUAUUUAUUUCAUGAAUAAUGUUUGGAUUAUGCGACGUGACUAAAUGUAAAAUCGCACAAUUUAAACAGAUGCAUUGUUUUCUACAAAUGGAAAAAUAAGCAUAAUCUGUUUCCUAAUGGUAAAGAUUAUUUAUUAAUCAUUUUUCAUUUUCUUAGAUUAAAUGAAUUAUUUGAAGCCAAUACGAUUUAUGUCGCCACUAAGCACCAUAGUUGAAUGUUUUCCAAAUAUAUUCAAACAUGAUACGAGAUGUAAUGCUAAUAUUAACAUUCAUAAGGCUGAUUCUAGGUCAUACAUAAUUCCAAUCAUUUUUUCUGUGUUAUUUAAUACGUGAUAUCAUUUAUAAAAUUUAAGUUGGUUCUUUAAAAUGGCAAUUUAGCAGUAAAUAGUAGCAGGGCCGGAUUAAUGCUAUUUUAUCAGACAAAUUUGAAAGCCUCUUUCGGCCACGAUGCAAAGAGACUGUAAAGUUGCCAUUGGAAGUAACUAAUAAAAGCUUUCCCUUGAAACCUGUAUACGUAAUAUAUACCUCAAUAUUUGAUGCGGGUGCCGAUUUGGACAAAACUAAUGCCAGUAUAACCAAGAACAAUAAUGUAUAAGGUAUUGCUAUGUAAUACUACCCACAAAAACCCUAUAAAGCUUACCUAGUGAACAUAAAA